AUGUUGAUCUCCCUCGAAAACGCCCCAUUCAUUGCCGUAGGCUUGUUCCUCGCCUACUACCUGGUCCCCUACCUGACACGGUCGCGCAUCCGCGAUAUUCCCGCCCCGAGUUUCGCAGCUUUCAGCUAUCUAUGGAUUUUCCUGCAAACCCGCCAAGGUAAACGAUUCCUAUCUGUCGACGCAGCGCACGCCAAAUACGGAAAACUCGUCCGUAUCUCUCCAAACCAAGUCUCUAUCGCCGAUGAUGAGGCCAUCAACGCUGUGUACGGACACGGAAAUGGGUUCCUGAAGGCCGAUUUCUACGAUGCUUUUGUCUCCAUCCGUCGCGGUCUUUUCAACACUCGUGACCGCCACGAGCACACCCGCAAGCGCAAGACAGUCUCGCACACUUUCAGCGCAAAGUCAAUUGGCCAAUUCGAGCAGUACAUCCACGGCAACGUCGAACUGUUCGUGAAGCAAUGGAACAAACUCUCCGAUCUCGAAGCCAAUCCCAAGACAGGAUACGCUUCCAUCGACGCCUUGAACUGGUUCAAUUACCUCGCCUUCGACAUCAUCGGAGAUCUCGCCUUCGGAGCCCCAUUCGGCAUGCUGGAAAAGGGUAAAGAUUUCGCCGAAAUGCGCCACAGUCCCAACGAACCAGCCAAGUACGUCGCUGCUAUCGAAGUUCUCAAUCGCCGUGGUGAAGUCUCCGCUACUCUCGGCUGUAUGCCAUGGAUUAAACCUUUCGCGAAGUACAUUCCCGACAAAUUCUUCAGCGAGGGUCUUGAGGCUGUGGAGAAUCUUGCUGGUAUUGCCAUUGCGCGUGUGGCUGAGCGCUUGAAGCCUGAGGCUAUGGCUAAUAACACUCGUGUGGAUCUACUGGCUCGGUUGAUGGAGGGCAAGGAUAGCAAUGGAAACAAGCUUGGUAAAGAAGAACUUACCGCCGAGGCCUUGACGCAGCUUAUUGCUGGUUCGGAUACUACUUCCAACACUGCUUGUGCUAUCUUGUACUGGUGUCUGCGCACUCCGGGUGUUGUUCCCAAGUUGCAGAAGGCUCUUGAUGAUGCUAUUCCCAAGGAUAUUGAUGUUCCCACUCAUGCUAUGGUUAAGGAGAUUCCUUACCUGCAGUGGGUCAUUUGGGAGACUAUGCGUAUCCACAGUACAGCUGCCAUGGGUCUUCCUCGUGAGAUCCCUGCUGGUGUUGCACCGGUUACCAUUUGUGGACACGAGUUCGGACCUGGAGAUGUGCUCUCUGUUCCCACCUACACAAUCCACCGCUCCAAGGAAAUCUGGGGUCCUGAUGCGGAGGAAUUCGAUCCUGAGCGCUGGAGCCCUGAGCGUCUGACCCCGAGACAGAAGGCGGCCUUUAUCCCAUUCAGUUACGGUCCACGUGCCUGUGUGGGACGCAAUGUUGCCGAGAUGGAGCUGCUUGUUAUGGGCGCUACUGUGUUCAGACAAUUUGAGUUCCAGCUUGAGCAGGAUCACCCCAUGGAGACCCGCGAGGGAUUCUUGCGCAAGCCUUUGGGAUUGCAGGUUGGUAUGCGCCGCCGUAGGGUGCAGCUCUGA